AUUUUUGGGCCCUUGGCCUGAGAAACUCGUGAUGCGAAUUUCGUUCAACAGAGGAUUUGCUGCGAACAUUCGAUGACAAACAUUCUAAAAACUAACAGGCUGCAUCAUUGAAUCAGAGGAUGCCUUAACACGUAAUGAAUCGCGUCUCAGUCGAGGGUAAAAAAGAGGGUCACAGCGUCAUCCUAGCGGUGGUGAUCUUGAUUUCCCUUAUCGAUGUGCGGCAUCUGGGUGAGCGAAUUACGAAAGUUAUCUGGAAGAUCCAUGAGGAGGAUUCUGCAGAAGAUGCAUGGACUCCUUUUGAUGAAGAGGCUCGGGCGGUAGCUGUUGCCGAAGCUGGUUUGUACAAUGAAGCGCAUCAACUGCUCAGCGAUCUGUUAAAUCGCUCAACGUCUGACAAUGAAAGGGCAGCGCUUCUCAAUGACAGGGCACAAGUGAGCAGGCUUCUUGGAAACUUAACAGAUGCAACAGAGGACCUCGACGCCGUCUUAGCACUGGGGGUCAACCGGAGAGCGCAACGUCAGGCAUUGACCCAGAAGGCUCUUAUUGAACGUGUUUCAGGACGUCGUGAAACUGCCAAAGCCUUUCUAGAACGAGCUGCAACGAUGGGCUCGAGAUUUGCACGUGCACAAAUAGAAGCUGAACCUACGAAUCCAUAUGCGAGGCUGUGCAAUGCGAUGGUGAAAAAAAUGUUUGAAGAACUAAAAGCCGGCUUCAGUUCAUAAAUGCUAUGAAACCAGUAAUUCCAAUGAACUUUGGGCACUACAGCUUGUGUUCCCCAAAGUUUUAUUCACGGCUAUAUUCAUAGUGGGAACCAUUACUGACUUAGUAUUAGUACAUUUUUAAUUCGACGACAAGAGUACACGCUCGCGAAAAAGCCCGCUGCGUUUAUCAAUGAAAUGUAAGCAUCUUUGACUCGGCUGGCACGGUGUUGAAUUUGGUGCUGUUUCUGUAUAAAAAGACAAAAGGAUGACAAAUAGUACGAUGAUAUAUUACGAUACUCGAUAGACUGAAGUGGUCUUGAAAACUAUUUUUGCUGUAUUUUUUUAGACCUCACAGCGCUUGCUUUGUUAAGUCCUAUUCAUCAGCCAGUGUAGCCUACCAGCCACUCGUCCGUUAUUUUGUGGAGGAGUCUCUCAGUGUACUAAGUGGAGCAUGAGUUAAGAUUUUAUUAUAUUUUCAAGGCGUGACUUUCCACCUGAAAGAACUCUGAAAGCAAUUUCUCCUUUCCUUUACUAUGAGACAGUAUUAAGUUAAACUGGCCAAUGCCCUUACCCUCUCACAUUGCCAACAAAUCAAAAUCAGGAAGUUUUUAACUAAUUCAGAACCAGCAACUUCUCCAGUAUGUAUUCUCUCUUUAAAUAAAGGCAUAUGAAAAUUGA